CAAAUGACUUUCAUUAGAAACCAAGCAUACAGUUGAGAUUUAUCAAACGCUUUACAGUCAAUGGAAGCCCCGUAGGACCAAUACACGUCAGCGCGUCCGUUUCCCAGCAGUCUCACUUCAUAUUGUACACAAUCAUCAUGGCGACCCAGGAUGGAAGUGAAGAAGUCGUAAUGGAAACUGAAGCCACGUUGAAAGAGCCACAACCACUGUGUGAAAUUGUUGGCAAAGGGAAUGCUGAAGUAUUGGAAACUGUGUCUCGGACAGAUAAUGCCGGGGAAAGCUCUUCAACUCAGGACCCUACUGUCAGCAAUGGAGAUGACAGUGAUGAAGGAAAGGAGAUGGUGGAUCUAAAGAUUAUUUGGAACAAGAAUAAGUAUGAUCUCAAAAUUCCUUUAGAUGGCACUGGAGCCAAACUGAAAGAGCGAAUCCAUUCACUCACUGGUCUUCCACCUGCUAUGCAGAAAGUGAUGUACAAAGGCCUGCUACCAGAAGAUAAGACGCUACGUGAAAUUAAAGUUACAAAUGGUGCAAAAAUAAUGGUGGUUGGAUCUACAAUAAAUGAUGUACUAGCUGUAAAUACUCCAAAAGAGGUUAUUCAGCAGGAAGUUAAAGCUGAAGAAAACAAAAAGGAACCUUUGUGUCGGCAAAAACAACACAGAAAGGUGUUGGACAAAGGCAAACCAGAGGACAUAAUGCUAUCUGUUAAAGGAACAAAGGAACGCUUACCAACAGUGCCUUUAGCCGGAAUGUACAACAAAUCUGGUGGAAAAGUUCGUCUCACCUUCAAACUGGAACAAGAUCAACUGUGGAUUGGAACUAAAGAGAGAACAGAGAAAAUCCCAAUGGGCUCCAUCAAACAUGUGGUGACUGAACCCAUUGAAGGCCAUGAGGAUUAUCACAUGAUGGUAACACGUUUCCUUACUACAAACUGCACAAGCCAGAAUGACAGUUGAUGUAAUGCGUUUCAGUUGGGUCCAACAGAAGCCUCUCAGUAUUGGGUCUACUGGGUGCCAAUUCAGUUUGUUGAUGCAAUCAAAGACACAGUCCUUGGAAAGUGGCAGUAUUUCUAAUGUGCCUCUAUUAUUGACAUUGAAGAACUGUGAUCUAGAACAGGAACAUAUGAAAAUGGGGAUCUGGAGACAACAAGGAGUCCUAAGGAACUUAACAUUGAAGCAUAUUAGAGAAGCAAACUGAAGGAUGCAUAAGGACUAACCAUAUUAUUUGGGGUUUCAAGUGCACUAUGAGGCAGCAUCAUAUCCCUCAGCCCAGUUCACCAUUCAUUUUUUUGCGCAAACCCAAGGGAAAACAAUAAAACUAAAUGUACAGAGA